AUGAAUUCAAAAAUUAAAGGUAUAACGGAUGAUAUAACAUCAAUUCCACCAGAAGAACAAAGAUAUUACGCAUUCAAUGCAUUUCCUAAAGUUUUGAAGAUUGGAAGAUUUAAUUUAAAUGAGGAAUUCAUAAAAGGUUUCCUAAAUGACAUAAUGAAGAAAGCAGAUAAGGAAUAUGUGGAUGAAAAAGAUAAUGAAAUUAAAGAAAUGGUUGAAUGGUAUCAUGAAUGGACAUCAAAGAUUUUAAAAACUAAAGCUGAUAAGGAAUGUGUUGCUGCUGCGUUAGAGAAGAAAGCGGAUAAGGAAUAUGUUAACGAAAAAGAUAAUGAAAUUAAAAAAAGUGUUGAAUGGUAUCAUGAAUGGACAUCAAAGAUUUUAAAAACUAAAGCUGAUACAGGAUGGGUUUCAGGAUGUUUAGACCUUAAAGCGGAUAAAACAUAUGUUAACGAUGAGUUAAUGAAGAAAGCGGAUAAGGAAUAUGUUAACGAAAAAGAUAAUGAAAUUAAAGAAAGUGUUGAAUGGUAUCAUGAAUGGACAUCAAAGAUUUUAAAAACUAAAGCUGAUACAGGAUGGGUUUCAGGAUGUUUAGACCUUAAAGCGGAUAAAACAUAUGUUAACGAAAUAUACCAAAGUUUGAUAGGAACAAAAAAUAUUGAAACUAUUGUUGGCGACUUUUCUGUCAAUGAAGAAAAUAAAUAUUUUAGAUGGCAGUUUGUACACUCCUUAAAAAAUGGUAUACGGUGGAAACUCAUUCCGAAAAAUAACAAUGAAAUGUAUGUAAGUUAUAAAAAGAAUGAUGACACACAAGUUAAAGUUCCAUUAGACAACAACUGCUACUUAAACUUAUAUGGAGACGAACAAAAGAAAUAUUUAAGA